AUGGAUGCGUCAACCACCCCGGCUUCAGAGGCCACAACCUCACAGGCCUCGACCCCAGUUCCCAACAACGACAACCACAACAACAAUAACAGGCCAAACACGGCGUCAAAUUCAGGCAUCCCGAUCCACGGCAAACCCCCGCGCCGUAUCCUCGCCUGCGAACUCUGCCAGCACCGCAAGAUCAAAUGCGACAGACACUUCCCAUGCGCCAACUGCACCAAGGUCCGAACUAUGAGGAAAAUGAUGGACGACGAGGAUUCCUACGAGGCCAGCCCGGAGAGCAUGACCACCGACGAUAAUACCGAGAUGCUGCUCGGCGGCGACAGCCCGGAAGUCGACCUCGCCAACCUCUGGCCCUCCCCCGCCCAGAUACUUCCCCUGUGGCAAGUGUAUUUAGACAGGGUGAACCCACUAACCAAGAUUAUCCACGUCCCGUCCGUGCAGCCCUAUAUGGCGGCCGUCAUUACCGACUCGAAAGCGCUACCUAGGAACGUCGAGGCGCUCCUGUUCUCGAUCUUUGUCAUGGCGGUCGUGGCGAUGACGCCCGACGAGUGCAAGGCGCUCCUUGGGAUAGCCAGAGAAGAAGCUCUCCAAAGAUACUCGUCGGGGGUUCGGUUAACCCUGGUCAGGGUAGGGUUUCUCAGGUCCCACGACAUGAUAAUCCUCCAAGCCCUCGUUAUCUACCUGAUCUCCCUCCAGGGCCGGUACGACCGGCAUGCGGUCUGGAUCCUAGGCGGCGUGGCUAUUCGCAUCGCGCAAAAGAUGGGCCUGCACCGUGACGGGGCAACCCUGGGCCUCUCUCCGUUCGAGUCCGAAAUGCGAAGGCGUCUCUGGUGGCAAAUCAUCAUGACGGAUGCCAAAUACGCCAUGUUCUCCGGGCUCAGCCACAACUUACUCCCGAGAAACAGCGACACGAAAUCGCCCUCGAACGUCAACGACGCCGACAUCUUCCCGACGUCCGAGGAACCGUUCCAAGACCGCGACGGCCCUACCGAGAUGAUCUUCUGCCUGAUAACGUACAGAUUUGCCAAGUUCCUAAUGGAGAUGCCCGGCUUUGAAGGGGUCGUUAUGAUACCGGAAGACGAGUCCAUGUCGACGGGCAAGGGGGCACCCACGGCAGAGCAGCUGGCGACAUACCGACGGGGAGUCGCACAGCUCCGCGAAGACCUAAAGGAAAUUCUCGAUAAACACUGCGAUUCCUCGGCCGGCCCUGUGCACGCCAUGGCGCUCGAGAUGAAGAAGCACCUUUUCAUGAAGCUCGAAGAACUGAUGACCCCCCCGAAGGAGCAGCUCGAUUGGGGGGGCGAAGUGAAGUCGGCCUCGGACAACACCUUCAAGAUCGCCAUCGGGACGCUCGAGCACAACGAGGCCAACUACAACUCGACCUCGAACCGCGGCUUCGCCUGGUUCUCGCUGCUGCACUUCCAGCUCGACAUCUUCAUGUACAUGGCCGGGCAGCUGUGCCGGCGCACCGAGGGCUCGCUGGUGAGCGGGUCGCUGGUGGAGCGCGCGUGGCGGCAGGUCGACGUCGUCUACUCGUUCCACCCGGAGCUGUUCGACAUGACCAACAAGAACUACAUGACGCUCGCCGUCUACGUGCUGCAGGCCUGGAAGAUGCGCGAGCAGCUCGUCCUCGCCAAGACGGGCCAGCCGGCCCAGGUCCCCUUCUACGUCGACAAGCUGCGCCUCUGCCUCCCCGACGUCGAGUGCAAGGUCGAGGCCGCCCAGCCCACGCCCCCGAUCCCCUUCGACGCCCCCGAGUUCGCCCCCGCCGAGCCCCUCGACUUUGCCAUGGACCCCCACGCCUCCCUGGACGACUACUGGCAGAUGGAUUGGGGCUUUGGCACGCAACCUGCCAACCUCGACAGCGCCGGCAUGGGGGUAUCCGGGCUGGGGCCGUUUGCCAUGGCGCCGUUGCCGGAGUGGUGA